CUUAUCAGGUCUUUCAUAAAAUAAUUUUUUAUGCUUUUUUCGGUGACUAAUUGCGUCACUCGCGCACUCAACCGUUCUCUCUCUCCAAUAAGACCGUCAUGCCACUGCCGUCUGUGCCGCUGCUUGAACCUGAAUCAUCUAUGGAGCCAGAAUCAUCAACUCCUCCCUCUUCACUUUGGGAUCAAAUUUUCGAAUUCACAGCUAAGGCUAGAGAUGCAUACAAAAGAAGGCCAAUCCCCUAUUGGAUUCUUCUCAUUCUUGGAAUCAUAGCAAUGCUCGUGGCAUUUCCUGCUUCCAGCAUCCUGUCUCGCGUUUAUUAUGAUAAUGGCGGCCAAAGCAAGUGGAUCAUAUCUUGGGUGUCUGUGGCUGGAUGGCCUCUAACCGCUCUGAUAUUGUUUCCUACGUACUUUGUUCAGAGAAUCUCUCCAACGCCGCUGAGUUUAAAACUCGCUCUAUCUUAUAUUUUUUUGGGUUUUCUAAGUGCUGCUGACAACCUUAUGUAUGCUUACGCCUAUGCAUACCUCCCUGCAUCUACUGCUUCACUGGUGGCAUCAUCUUCCCUUGUUUUUUCUGCGCUCUUCGGUUACCUUCUUGUCAAGAACCAAAUCAAUGCUUCGAUAAUAAAUUCUAUUGUUGUCAUAACUGCUGGAUUGACCAUUAUCGCAUUGGAUUCUAGCUCAGAUAGAUAUCCUGGCAUCAGUGACAGCCAGUACAUCAUGGGAUACGUGUGGGACAUAUUAGGGUCUGCUCUUCAUGGGCUUAUUUUUGCCCUCUCGGAGUUGGUCUUUGUGAAGUUAGUCGGAAGAAGGUCCUUCAUUGUUGUUCUGGAACAACAAGUUAUGGUAUCUCUUUUUGCAUUUGCGUUCACCACUGUAGGGGUUCUUCUGAGCCGUGAUUUUCAAGGAAUGGCAUCUGAAGCUAACAAUUUCAAAGGCGGUCGAGCAGCUUAUUACCUUGUAAUCAUUUGGGGUGCAAUCACAUUUCAGUUGGGGGUCUUAGGAGCCACCGCCGUUGUUUUCUUGGCUUCGACUGUGCUAGCAGGUGUGCUUAAUGCGGUCAGAACUCCGAUAACAAGCAUUGCUGCAGUGAUAUUGCUUCAUGACCCAAUGAGUGGUUUCAAGAUCCUCUCACUGUUGAUUACCGUAUGGGGAUUUGGCUCAUUUAUUUAUGGCAGUUCUAUGGGUGAAAAAUCAUCUUAAGAAAGCAGGUGUAGAAUGUCGGGAGUGGAUCCUCUCCAGUGAAGAAAAAUUGGAUGGUGUCAAUUGUGAUCUCUCACCCUUCAUUGCUCUCUCUCUCAUAUUAAUUUUUUCUCACUUAUAAAGUUAAUGGUGAGAGAUCAUACUUCAUUUCCUCAAGUGUUAAAAAAACUGGAGAGGAUCCAUUUUCGUAGAAUGUGGAGUCCAGUAACCUAGUCCACUUUCUAGUUGAAUGAUGAAUAUACCUCUGUCGGAAGGGCUGCAUUAAAUGUUGUAUGUUUAUAGGAGUAUAAGACUCAAUUUCUUAUUGACUAGUAUGUUUUAUAUGCAGGCCUCAAUUAUUCGUGUGUAAUAUAGGCUCAUUUUUUUAAAAA